AUGGAUGAACAACAGGACAUUGCCGAGUCCGUCGGCAUUCCUAAUCUCAAGGACGACGUCGCAACAUCGUUGGCCCAGGAUGUCGAGUACCGUAUCCACGAGAUUGUGCAGGAAGCCAUGAAGUUUAUGCGCCACGGCAAGCGGACAAAACUCACCGUAGACGAUAUCAACAACGCCCUCCGAGUCCGCAACGUCGAGCCACUUUAUGGAUUCAGCUCAGCAGACCCUACACGAUUCAGGAGGACGACUGUCGGAUCCAGCGCCACCGGAACAUCCGAAAUCUUCUUUGUUGAGGACGAGGAACUCGACUUUGAAACCAUCCUCAGUGCACCUCUCCCCAAAGUCCCCUUGGACGUCACCUAUACCGCCCAUUGGCUUGCUAUUGAGGGAGUUCAGCCUGCAAUCCCCCAGAACCCAACACCCAUCGACGCCAAAGCAGAUUUGUUCAGCAAGCGCAUCAAACUCGACCCAUCAGCUACAGCAACACAGCCUGUCAUCCCAGGAAUCAAGCCAGGAUCUAAUAGCGCCCCCAACAACACUGCCAAUACCGCAAACAACCAACAAGCAAACAACGCCAAUAACAGUAACGGAGCAGAGAUCAAGCCAUUGGUCAAGCAUGUACUCUCGAAGGAGUUGCAGAUGUACUAUGAGCGCAUUGUCAGUGCUGUUCUGAGCCAGGAUGAAGUUCUUCGGGCGACCGGUAUUAGCAGUUUACAGAACGAUCCGGGAUUGCAUCAGCUGCUCCCCUACUUUGUGCAACUUGUUGCUGAGAAGGUCACACAAAACACAAGGAACUUGCCAGUGCUCGAGUCAAUGAUGGCCAUGGUCCGCGCCAUUCUCGAUAACGACAACCUCUUUGUUGAACCAUACCUCCACCAACUUAUGCCUACCAUCUUGACAUGUGUGGUCGGCAAACGAUUAGGCGAAUCACCACAGGAGGAUCAUUGGGCUUUACGAUCGACUGCCACAGACAUCUUGCUCUUGAUCUGCAACAAAUACGGCGCCUCUUACCACACACUCCAACCCCGCGUCACCAGGACGUUGCUUCGCGCCUUCUUAGAUCCCGAGAAGCCUCUGACAACUCACUACGGUGCGAUCCUUGGUCUGACCCGUAUGGGUAACGAAGUCUUCAAGACCCUUGUUGUCCCCAACUUGAAGACAUAUUCGAGCAUCCUUGAAUUGGAACUGCUGGUGGAUGGUGAAGAUCGGGAAGGCAGCUAUAUGGAGAUUGAGGGUGAUGUUGCAUCUACUAUCAGGAAGAAUGAGGCCACUCACUGCUUGGAAGCACUCUUAAUUGGUUUGCGGUCAUUGAUCAGGAGCGAGACAGAGAAGCAAAAGUAUGUAGCCAAGGAUGUGCCGACAGCAGAAGGCCUUCAAGAGCCUCUCACGGUCGCCGUCGGCCCACUGCUGGCUAGGAGCCUCCUGCGCGAGGAAGCUACUCAGCAGAACCUCGCCGGCGUCGUCGCAGUGAUUGAGACCUGCUAA